AUGGGUGACAAGGCAUGUGGUUCCCCUGCACCAGUGUAUGUGUGUUCAUAUCCACAGUGUAGCCUUAAGUUCUCUAGACCAAGUAGGCUGGAGCAGCACUUCAGGGUUCACACUGGGGAAAAACCAUAUAAAUGUGACCACCCAUCCUGUGGAAAGGAAUAUGCAAGACCAGCCCACUUGAAAAGACACAAAAGUAACUCUCAUGUUGAGAAACAGACUGUUGAGAUGAUGAUUUGUGUUGAAAAGGAUUGUAAAGCAGUUUUUGAAACAUUAUUAGGUCUUCGAAAACAUCAUGCUGCAAAACACAGUGCAGCUCAGGAUAAAUAUGUGUACAUGUGUGAUUAUGAUGGAUGCACUCGCAAAUUUAAAAAGCAUCAUCAGUUAAAUAAACACAAAUGUGAACAUACAGGAGAAAUCCCCAGACCUUUUGUAUGUCCAGAGGAGCAAUGUGGGAAAACAUUUGACCAGGGGAGUCACCUUAAGCGACAUAUGAAAAGUCACGAGGGUUAUCUCUGUAAGGAGGAUGGAUGUCAUGAAAAGUUUAAACAUUUUAAUAUGCUGCGUAAACACAUGGCCAUUGAGCAUCCUAAGACAUUCGUAUGUACUGUGUGUGAUAAGGCAUUCGUCAGGAAGAAAUAUUUAAAUGAUCAUGAAAAGGUUCAUGCAUCUGAGAGGACUGUUUAUGAAUGUCCCAAAGAAAAUUGCCCUCGUUUUUAUUACAAUACACGGAACUUAUAUGCCCAUAUAAGGUCAUAUCACGAAGGUCGCAGGGUAGGGUGUACUCAUGAUGGGUGUGAUCGUACAUUUGCAACUAAACAGAAAAUGCAAGAACAUUUGAAGUUUCAUGAUCCAAAUAAACCACUUCCAAAACCCAAAAAGAAGAGGAAACAUGACACAGUGACCAGCAAACUAGUUACUCUUCUAGUAAGAAACCGUAAUGAGGAAGACAAAAUAGACAAACAGGGAAGACCCUUUGACAAUAGCAGUGAUGAUAAUUCAGAUGACACAGAUGUUCUCUCUCUUAGUGAAGAUCCAGAAAAUACUGAUGAGGAAACGGAUAUGAAGACAGAAUCAGCAAAUGUCCCUGUACAACUUGACAAUGGAGAUAUUAAUGAUGAAAAUAUGGAUGUAUCAGAUGAUUUCUCUAAUGCAAUAGCAAAUGAUGCAUCAUUGUGCUCAAAUGAUAAUUGUAAAGCAAUUGAUGAAAUGUCAAAUGAUUGUGUAUCAAAUAGUUUUAUUUCACAUGUUGACGUUGUGUCAAAUUAUUCUAAAGUUGACAGUGUAUUGGAGAAGGAAGCAACGCUCAUUAAAAUUGAGAAAACAAUUGAUAUUCAAAGCAAUGUGUUGAAUUUUCAAGACAAAAAUAUGAAUUCAGAUAAUGAUAAACAUGGAAUGGAAGAUGUUGAAAUAGUUAUCAGAAAUAUUGCUGGUGGUAUUAAGGAUAAAAAGAGAGCCAGAAAAGACCAAACUAGUAAUUCUAAUGGUGCCAGUAAUAGUGAACCAGAACAUGAGGUAGUAUUUGAAUUUGAUGUAUAUGAUAGGUUGAUAGAAAAAUGAAAAAAAAAUGUUGCAAAUGUCACUUGGACAGUGAAAAUAUAUCAAUGGUAUUUACUUACGUGGAGUAGAGUAACUGGUAACUGGUUGCCAUGGUAACUCCUUGCGAGGGCGUAGCGCAGUGUCAUAAUUGUUACUUUAUUCUCUAGAUGACAAAAUGUUGGUCAAAUAGUCAGAUCCUAUACUUAAGUAAUAAAGACCAAGAUUUUAUGGUGUAAUAUAUGACCAAAAUUUUAUUCACAUCAUUGUUAAAAGACCAAAAUAGCAUAGAUUGAGGUCCUUCGCAAUGGCCAGAAUAAAAUUUGAGGUCAUAUAUCUGUCAUAAAUCAUAUAAUAGAGGUCUUGGUUAUGAUUCUAAUAUGAUAAACAGACAAGAAAACACAACUAUUUGCAUUUAUGAAUUUUAGCGGUCAUACAUACUCCAAUAUAGACCAGUAAAUCAAUUGUUCUAGCUA